GCAGUAGCGUGUAGACAGAUAGAGGCGUGCAGCCGUCGGGCUUUGUGCUCCGCAAUGUCAAGACAACACGUCAAUUUUUCCUUCCUUUUUCUCGCGCUCUUUGCGAUCGCGAUACUGCCAAACAAUGUUGUGGAGUCCUAUCGAGCCGUUGCCGUCAUCCACGGGGUCCUCACCGGCAGCGACAGUAUGGAGCUCAUCACCAAGAGGAUACAGGAGAUGCACCCAGGAACGGAAGUUUAUAACACGGUGAGGUACGCAGGCUGGAGCAGUCUGGAGCCCAUGUGGAGGCAAGUCGAGGAGAUAGGCCAGGACAUAUUAGCCAUAGGUGCCGCCUUUCCCGAGGGCAUAAAUCUUCUCGGCUACAGUCAGGGAGGACUGCUCGCCAGGGCUAUACUGCAGAGGUUUCCAGAGCACAAUGUCAAGAAUUUCAUCUCGCUGAGUUCCCCACAAGCCGGUCAAUACGGAACAAAGUUUCUGCAUUUAAUAUUUCCUGAUCUGGUCUGCGAAACUGCCUACGAAUUGUUUUACUCGAAGGUCGGACAGCACACGAGCGUUGGAAACUAUUGGAAUGACCCGCAUCAUCAGGAACUGUACUACAAAUACAGCAGAUUUUUACCAUUCGUUAACAACGAGAAGAUCACAACAAAUACCACAACGUUCAAGGAAGGCUUGAAGAAGCUCAAUAAGAUGGUGCUCAUAGGAGGUCCCGACGACGGUGUGAUCACCCCCUGGCAGAGCAGUCAAUUUGGUUUCUACGACAAAAACGAAACGGUCGUUGAGCUACGCGACAGGGACGAGUACAAGAACGACUUGAUCGGCUUGAAAACCCUGGAUAAACAAAAGAAGCUUGUGAUGCACACAGUGUCGGGUAUCCCGCAUUUCAUGUGGCACAAAAACGUGUCAAUAGUAGAUCAAUUUAUUUUACCCCACUUAGAUUAAGCGCACGAGAAGAUUCUAGCUGCAACCUUCGCAUUGUGAUCUGAAGAACAGUGAUAUGCACAAAAAUGACAUUAAUCUCAUAAGGUGAUAUAUCUCUAUACAAGAAAAAGACUGUCGCGCCCGUUUUGGCGCGUAAUCGAACGACGUAUCGAUCGACAGAUUUGAUUUUAAGUAGCUAAUUUGCGUAUAAUAUAAUAUUUUUAUUGAAUUUGUCGACUGCGACCAUGAGUUGCGUACAUUUACAAAUUUAUUUUUUGAUCAAUGUAUUGUAAACAUUUGAGUUUUACUAUAAUUCAAUAUGCUAAAUGAUUAAUCAAAAUUUACUAAAAUAAAACUUGUGGAUCCCAAAA